UUGUAAAUAAGGUGGCCGCGCGUGAGUUAUGAAACUUUUGCCAAGGAUUUCGCGAAAGGAGUUUGAUUAAAAUGUUUUUCAUUAAAAUUCUCAAAGUGAGGCCGGUUCUGAGUUUAUCGGGUAACGUAUCGCGAUUGUUGAGCAGUCAAGCCAAUAUCAGUGAGAAAACGGUGGACCUCUACCGGCAGCAGUACGAGAGAGAUUCCUGGACUAACAUUACACCGAAAAUACUUUCCCAUCUGGAUCGGAAUCUUCACCUGCAACAGAACCACCCACUCUCGAUCAUUUGGAAAAGGAUAACCAAAUAUUUCUACGGUGCUUAUUUGAAUCCCCGUGGGAAUCCCAUGUUCAGUGUGCAUGAACGGCUGAGUCCGGUUGUAUCGAUAGAACAAAAUUUCGACAAUCUGCUUAUCUCGAAAGACCAUCCGAGCAGAGCCAAGAAUGAUUGUUACUACAUAAACCAAAACUUCCUGCUGAGGGCGCAUACGACAGCUCAUCAGGUUGAACUUAUCCAAUCUGGAUUGGACAAUUUUUUAGUUGUGGGAGAUGUAUACCGGAGAGAUGAAAUCGAUUCAACUCAUUAUCCCGUGUUCCAUCAAAUGGAUGGGGUACGAAUCAUUCAUCAAGACAAGCUUUUCGAACGCAAUCCGGAACUUAAUGUCUUUGAAACUUCAUAUAAAACUCAUCUCAAUCAAAAUUCAACCACCAUUUCGGAAUGUAUCGAUCAACAGAAACAACCUUGUCACACUUUGGAGGCUGUCAAGUUGUGCGAACACGAAAUGAAACGAAUCCUGGUGGGCAUGGUAAAAGAUCUAUUUGGAGACAAAGUCGAGUACCGGUGGACUGAAUCGGAAUUCCCGUUCACUAAACCUUCCUACGAGCUAGAAAUCUUUUUCAAUGGGAAAUGGUUGGAAAUUUUGGGAUGUGGAAUUACAAGAAAUGAAAUUUUGGAUAAAGCUGGUGUGUCAAAAUCCAUCGCAUACGCGUUUGGAGUUGGUUUGGAACGCUUAGCUAUGGUACUGUUCGAUAUACCGGACAUUCGACUUUUUUGGAGCACAGAUAGUGGAUUUUUGAACCAGUUCAAAGACGAUUCAAUCGUCAAAUACAAACCUAUCUCAGUUCACCCACAAUGCACAAACGAUUUAUCUUUUUGGCUGCCGGAUGGUAUGAAUAUUGACGAAUUUUCCCCGAAUGAUUUCUACGACCUGGUGCGAACAGUCGCUGGAGAUAUAGUCGAACAGGUAACGUUGAUCGACAAAUUCAAACAUCCCAAAACAGGUAAGUCUAGUCUUUGUUUCCGGAUUGUUUAUCGACACAUGGAACGCACACUUACUCAAUCGGAAGUGAAUGUGGUUCAUGCUAAUAUCGGUGCUGAACUCGUCAAGAGUGUGAAUGUUGUUAUUCGAUAAAAUCUGCACGUCCGCAAUUACAAAUGUUAUCUUGAAA